GACUCUGAAGCUUCUCCACUUAGGAUAUAAAAGCUGGGACAGUCCCACUGCUGAGACAGAAAGCAACACAACCAACACAGAACAGAACAGACACUUUCACAGUGUUUCAUCUCACAACAAGAGGACUCAACACACUGAAGAUGCUGUGCUCUCAUGGAUUCCAGUCUACUCUCAGUCCAUUCAUGGACUUCUACUGGCCUGUACGCAGUCUGUGGCCAGAGGUCAAACCUCUGCUCUGUCAGCAGGAUCUACUGCAGAGAAACCUCCAGGAGCUGCGCAGCAGUCUGGAGCUGAUAGACAAACUUCAACACAAGAUGCUGGAGGAGACGGAGCCUUCCCAAACCGCUGCAGCUGUGCAACCAGUCUCCUAUCAGCUGGAGAAAGAGGGAGAGCACUUUGGCCUGACCCUGGACACUCAAGGCUUUUCCCCAGAGGAGCUGUCUGUCAGGCAGGUGGGCAGGAAGCUGAGGGUCAGUGGGAAGACAGACAAGGAGCAGGAGGACGGGAAAGGCUGCUACUCUUACAGACGCCAGGAGUUCAGACAGGAGUUUGAUCUGCCUGAGGAGCUCAACCCUGAAGCCAUCACCUGCUACCUGGCUCCAGACGGGAAGCUCCACAUCCAGGAAGCCAAAGCUCCAUGCGUGGAGGAGGCUGAGAGAAAACUGACUAUCGAGAGGAGCGUGGAGGAGAAAACACAGCAGAGUGUGUGUUCACACACAGAAGGCAGCAGCACAGACACAGACCACAGCGCAGAGGACAAACCUGGAAACAUGGACUAAUCUCUAUAUUGUUUUGACAAUGUACAUUCAAUGUUUUAUUAAAGUGUUAAUUGAAGAUGAUCAUAUGUGCUUUUGUAUACAUGUAAAUGUUCAAUAAAUAUAUUGACAGCU